UUAAAACCAUGUCUUAGAUCUAAAUGCACUUCUGCAGGUUUUGUGUAUUUAAACGUGCAAUAAUGCAUUUAUCACACUUUCACAUGCUUGGUUUAUUCCUAGGAACAAUCAGUGGACUGCACAUACAUGUACAAGAUACAGACAUAACCUUCAUAUGCCAAACACUGAACUCAGCAAAUAUAACGGAGUUUACUAUAGUGGUGGUUUCUUCUGUAAUUAUUUUUGCUGGAAUACUGUAGUCGGCUGUAAUAACUAUGUAAUUUAUACUUGCAUUGAAAAGAAUUAUUGUAUGUGUAAUGUCAUGUUAUACAUCGUUUGCUUGGGCCUAUGGAAUGUAAAUUAAUUCUUUUUUGUUCUCGUAAUAAUUAUAACGUUAUAUAGGCGUGAAAAUGUGCGAUUUUGUAACUGUGUGAAACAUGCAUCCUUGGUUGUACUUGGUUUGUUCACGUUUCGUCUGCACUGUAGUCGAAAUGUUUUAGUUUGAUUUGUCUCACUGUUAUCUCAUCAUCAAGGAGGUGUCGGAGGCUGUAAGCACCUCUGAAACGUCGGUCAACUUCUACGAGACUACACUGCCCAUUGUACUAGAAGGCUGUAAUAUCAAAAUAUGUGAUAAUGUGGCCAAACAUGUUUUAAGAUAUUAUGCCAUUACUUUCUUGAAGGGACUGAGGAAUACUAAGACGUUCAUAGUCAAUACUGAGCCAGUAAUUGUCGUGAUCGCGAAGUGUUGAGUGUCUCAAAGCCAGAGCGAGUAUCGGCGGAUGUUAUAAACAGCGAACAGUCGCUGACAUUUGUAAGGGCAGAACUAGUCUGUCGUUACCAGGGUCACAUCAUUGCGCGUUCGAAGGCCGUGUGUGUGCGACGAGUAUAGGGGCAAAAACAGCAUAAGCAACAUGCAAAAACAAACUAAGCGCCGGCAUCAGUGGCAUUAGUUCGGGUUUGGAAGUGUUUGAUGAGAAAAUGACAGUGAUGGCCGAAAAAUAGACUCCGAAACUGAACGAGGAGUUCAACAAGUUACCCGAAACGAGACGACGUCUGGGCAGUGUUCCACCGGCAGAUAUCCUGGGAGAGAGAAGUAGCAGCUGUUCGCCGUGUUGCAGAGACGAACAGCGCACACGGCGGCGUGUUCGAUGCUCUUGGCGCAGUUUGUGGGUGAAAGAGAGCAAGAUUUAACUGAUUAAUGUCCCAAGAUGUGGAUGUUGGUUCUUUGGUGCCUGCGGGUCUCCGGUCCGCGGGCUCCAAACUUCAAGACCACCAAGUGCCUGCUAAUUACAGUAUUCUGUCGGAGAACCUCAGAAGAGUCACCCCCAACGGCAUUCAGUGUUCCAUCUUUUGUCGGGGCCGACACUGCAAGUAUGAGAAUCCUGAGAGCUUCGAUUCGACUCACAUGGCCAUUGAUGGAAUCUUCUCGCACUGGGUCACAGACGACAUCCUGGCAAUGGCUCGACCCAGCACAGAAAUUAUCAAAACUAGGAACAUCAUAGGACAAUUUAAAAGCUUGGGAAUAAAGUCCAUCAUAAACUUACAAACACCGGGAGAGCACGCAAGUUGCGGAAACGCCUUAGAAAGCUCCGGCUUCACGUACGACCCAGACGUAUUCAUGGAAAAUAACAUAUACUUCUACAACUUUGGGUGGAAAGACUACGGUGAAGCUUCUCUGACGAGCCUGCUCGACAUGGUGAAGGUCAUGGCAUUCGCCCUCACGGAAGGAAAAGUGGCCGUCCACUGCCACGCAGGUCUUGGAAGAACAGGAGUUCUGAUUGCUUGUUACCUGGUAUACAGUUUGAGAGUUCGAGCGAACGACGCCAUUCGCUUCGUUAGACUUAAGCGUCCUAACGCUGUGCAGACGAGAGGACAAAUUCUCUGCGUCCAAGAGUUUGAACAAUUCAUUCUCCCACAGAGCAUCGUCUUCUGCAACAGGGAGUUUGUUAAAGACAAGAAACAGGCAGAUUUUAGUCUUACGCAAUACUUGAACAGACAGAAGUUAAUGUUACAUGGAUAUGAAGCAAGAAAGCUGAAGUUCAUUCCCAAGAUUCUGUUUGUCUUGUGUGAACGUCUCCUUAAUUUGUGCGACCGCGAAGCUCUUGGUACACCUUAUGGAGUACAAAAUGAUGUCACAAGUCUCUCCUUCACCCAAAACUUCAUAGUCGCAAGAACAAACAACGAGCAGCGAACUGGAUUUGUGCAUUCUAAUUCAUCUUCAACAGUUGCAUCAGCUUCUUCCACUUGGAGACACUGCACUGAGCUUGAUGACCAGCUUCCAUCUUCAAUAAGGAAUCAAGAUAUGGACGACGACGACGACGACGACGAUGUAGUAGCCGUGCCUCAGAAUGUUCCCUGUAUUUCUCCAGACAUGCCUUCCUGUGCUUCAGGAAUGUCAGGAUUGGAUGACAGCUGUCUGGAUGCUGUACUUGGAGAUGGCAUACAUGAUCAGACUUUGCAAGACAAUAUUUGCUAUCAAGAAUUAAGUUCCCAAAGUGACCUGAGAAAUUCAGUUGAAAAUGAAAAAUUUGUUCCAUAUCAUGUAGACGAUGUGGCUCAAGCUCUUCUGGCUGACCACAACGUGUUAAGUGAUGGAACGAGGAAAUACAUAAAGCAGUACCGAGUGAAUCUGAACCACAGGCAGUCAGCAUGGACGAGACUGCAAAUGGAGAAGAACUUGUAUGUUCUGACAGGACUGCUCUUUGACUGGUUAGAGCAUCUUCGAUUACCAGUUCUUAGUAGAGAUGAUCUCAGUUACAUUGUGAUACUCGGAAGCCAGCCAGAAUCCUGCCUCAAGAAGAUUAAUCUAGCAAGCCAGUACGUACUUGAGUACUUGUUUAGGUUUCUGGCACAACUUCAUCCACUGUCUCAAGAAACUCGGCUCAACUUAAUGAAGCGCUUUGUUGCUUCCUUAACACAUCAGGGGGUUCCUAUUCAGGGCAUCCUCAAACCUUCAGGGAAAGGUUACCACAAGUUACGCGAGGGAACUUACCAGAAAGUAAUGGAAUUUGUAUCAAAACUCUUUGACAUGAUAUGUGAGACGACCGGAUCAACAGCUCCUGUAUUUUCAGAGCUGAGUAAGUCACAGCAGUCCAUCAAUUCCAAAACAGCAAAUGACAUUGAGGAGACUGAGAUACUAACACCACUGUGAAGAUGUGCCUAUGAUGGCGGUGCAUUUUGUAAAUGCGGUUAUCUUUAAUGGACUAUUUAUUCUCUGAGCCUUGAAAGACACUGCUUACAAAUUUAAAUGCGGGCUUUAUAUAAUAUUCCUGGUGGUAAUCCAAUGGUGCUAAAUUCAAGAAAUUUACAUUGUAUUUUCAAGAACAUGGAUGUUUUAACGACUGAAAAUAUAUCCUCACUUUCAAGUUCAUAAAGUUGGUUUAAACCGUAUCACCUCUAUUUAACAGCCUAGUUGUAGAAUUGUUGCAGACGCAGUCGGCUGGGUGGCCAUGAGUGGGACAGCUGACCAAGGCUCCAAAUAUGAACAGCAUGAUGUGUGAAAUAUUUCAUACACAGCAUCACUUUAAGCUCCCAAGAAAUAAAAAUGUAAUAUAAAAAUAAAAAAACUGGAAGAGAAAUAAAAGAGAACAAAGUUGAA